AUGAAAAACCACACAGUACCCAAAGAAUUCAUUCUUCUAGGGCUAUCUGAUGACCCAGAGCUCCAGACUGUGAUUUUUCUCUUUUUAAUUAUCACAUAUAUAUUAAGUGUCACUGGAAAUCUGACCAUCAUCACUCUCACCUUGGUGGAUUCCCAUCUACAGACCCCUAUGUAUUUCUUCCUCAGGAACUUCUCUGUAUUAGAAAUAUCCUUUACAACUGUCUGUAUUCCUAGGUUUCUGGGCACAAUUAUCACCAGAGACAAAUCUAUUUCAUACAAUAAUUGUACAGCUCAGUUGUUUUUCUUCAUCUUCAUGGGUAUAACUGAGUUUUAUCUUCUCACUGCCAUGUCCUAUGAUCGCUAUGUAGCCAUCUGUAAACCCCUACAUUAUGCAACCAUCAUGAACAAAAGAGUCUGCAUUUUACUUGUCUUUUGUGCUUGGCUGGCAGGAUUCUUAAAUAUCUUCCCACCAGUUAUUCUUUUUCUCCAGUUAGAUUACUGUGGCUCCAAUGUCAUCGAUCACUUUGCUUGUGACUAUUUUCCCCUCUUGCAGUUAUCUUGCUCAGACACAUGGCUCCUAGAAGUGAUUGGCUUUUACUCUGCAAUAGUCAUACUGCUUUUCACUUUGGCAUUAAUAAUUCUAUCCUACACGUUCAUCAUGAGAACAAUUCUGAAACUGCCUUCCGCCAGUCAGAGAAAAAAGGCAUUUUCUACGUGUUCCUCUCACAUGAUUGUCAUUUCCAUCUCUUAUGGAAGCUGCAUAUUCAUGUAUGCCAACCCUUCCGCAAAACAGAAGGCAUCAUUGACCAAAGGAGUAGCCAUUCUGAAUACCUCUGUGGCUCCUAUGAUGAAUCCAUUUAUAUAUACCCUGAGGAACCAGCAAGUAAAGCAAGCCUUUAAGGAUACUGUCCAAAAGGUUAUGUUUUUCUCCAGUAAUUGA